AUGGAUGUUCUUUUGCUGAAUACACAAAUGCCAGAGAUAGAAAGCAACUUCAAGAUCACAACAAAAACAGCCCAGUCUCUAGUCAAAGAUAGCUCACAAGAAGAAGUCAAUGAGAUGUUACAGACUUUGAAUAGACACAAAGAAGUCAUUGUCAGGCUAAGGAAAGAUAUUCCUGAAAAAAUAAAAACAAUUAAUUCCAUCUUGCCAAAUGUAGAGUCUCUAGAAACAGGAAUAUCAGAUUUGAAUGAAUGGCUGACUGAAGGAGAAAGCUUGUUACAGACACACCGAUUGGAUGGUUCUGCUGAAGCAACUGAAGCUAGGCUUGAGAAACAUAAGAGUUUUUUCUCCGAUACUACUUACCAAAAAUCCAUCCUGGAAAGCAAGAAGAAAGUGUUUGACAAAGUGUACAAUGUGAAGAACAAACUACAGAAUGUAGACUUCCUCCCAGUAAAACAGCUCAUGGAUGAGGUUAUGGAGAGAUUCCAGAACUGCGUGGCUGGAGCCAAGGACUGGGAGAAGCAGCUGGAGACCCUGUCUAAGCUGUGGCGGACGCUGCACCAGAAGGAGCAGGUUCUGGAGGAGUGGCUUGACAAUGCCGAGACCGUCCUCGAUGACAAGGAAGACGAUCCCGAGAGCCUGUUACGCAAACACAAAUUGUUCUUUGAUCGUGUUGAUCAACGAAUCCUAGACAAUUACCUAACAGUAGGACAGGAGAUCCUACAGCUCUUACCCGAAGGUGACAAGGCCAAUUUGAAGAGAGACAUGGCUAAUCUGCAGGCCAGAUGGAAGAACAUACACUACAAUGCUCCAAUGAAGCAGUUGAAACUGGAAUUUGCUCUACCUGAAGAUAAAUUCCUGGCCACUGUGAUGAAUGCUGAGAAAAUCAUCAGAGAACACCAAGAGAAGCUGAGUCGCAGAGAAAAUGUCAAAGAUGCUCUCAUGAAACACAGACAAUUGUUUCAAGAUGGUCAGAUUGUUCAGACCUGUGAAAAGUGCCUCGGUUCUAUGGAACAAGUUUCCAAAAAGUUGCUGCACCACAAUGCAGAAGACAAGUCAUUAUUACGCAGAUAUGAAGAACACCUAGAAAGAUGGCAGCGACUAAGAUCAGUGGCUGACAGCACACAUGAACAACUGAAGCAGCUCCCAGAGAGAUGGAAGGAAUACAACUCAAAAUUGUCGGACUUCAACAAGUGGGUGAUGGAGGUGGAGGGUCUGGUCCAAGCCAUGCAGAAAGAAGAUCUCACCAGUGAUGAGUACAAAGACAUGCUGGCCAAGUUCCAGAAAGCCAUGAGAAACAAGAGCAAAUACGCUGAGGAUGCCAAAUGGCUUUCUGAGAAUUUGAACGAACUUCUCAGUGACAGCUCAGGUUCCGACUCCCGCAAAGAGCAGGAGCGACUGGCUGCCAUGCUAUCUCGUUUCGGAAACCUGGACGUGACAAUGAAGGAUGCGUCAGAGAAGUCUUCAGUGUUUUCCAAGAGCUUUGAGUACCGCGAUGGUCUGGAGCGGCGGUCCAACUGGCUGGAGGAGACACAGAGGCAGGUGAUGGAACACCCAGCUAUUGACAGUCUGGAUGAUGCCCGGGCCUACCUGCAGGAACAUGAGGCCAUUAUGAUGAAGCUGGAGACGGAGGCAGCCAGCAUUCAAGCUGACAUCGAGGCCGGCAAACGUCUUCAGAAACAGAAAGAUGCUCCAUCGUUUAUCGGGAAAUCUGUGGACGAUCUCAGUCGAAAGUGGAAGGAUACAAAUGAACUGGCCAAGUCCAAACAUACCAAGCUUAAGGAGACUCUUCGUAACUGGGAGCAGUACGAGGGAGAGAAGAAACACCUGAUACAGUACCUCAAGAAGGCCGAGACUGAACUGGAGAAACCACCGGCCUCGCACGGACAAGACUCCGCACAGAAAGACUUGCAGACCAAAAAGGAGCUACACAAUACCUUAAACAAACUGAAAGGCAGUUUGUCAGAGAUGCAGAAGCUGAAUUCCGUGUUAGCAGAGAGUGCUAGCCGGGAGAGACAAGGUCCACUCAAAGGAGAAGUGUCUGACAUCGACAAGCGUCUGCAAAAUGUGUCUGUGCGUCUCAAUGCCAAGCUGGCUGAUCUGGAGGGAACAAUCGCCAAGUGGUCCGACUACUACAAGCGGUUGAAUAACUUCAAUGACUGGCUCAACCAGAAGGAAUCGAACCUCAACCAGGUCUAUGAGGAGAAGAAAGAUCUGCCAGAGGAACAGCUAAGCAAAGCAGAGACUAUUUGCUCUGAGGUCUACGAAAACCACAUCACUCUUGAAAACCUGGAGAAAGAUGCUCGAGGUCUGUCUCAAAACUUCCGUUCACGUGAGACAGCAGCCCUUAAGUCGAAGCUGACGACCAUCCGCCGACAGUGGGAGAGUCUGUGUGCUCGCGCUAAAGACCGCAGUACAGCACUGUCUGGCAACGUGGCACACUGGCAGCGGUACCAGAGUCUACAGGAACAACUGAUGCCGUGGAUCGUCAAAGCAGAGAAAUAUUGCGCGACUGAACUACCCAAGUGUUCGUCUUUGGAGGAAGCCAAGGAUCUGUAUGACCUUCAUCAGUCCUUCCUUCAAGAGGCCGAGGAAAACUUACCAAUAUUUGACAAGAUGAGCACCGAGGCUGGUUACCUGAUGGAACAGCCGAACAUGCCGCGUGAGUUGGAAUCAAUCCAGCGUCGCUGGGGGAACAUCCUCGCUGCAUCAGAAGAGCGGUCGCACCGGGUAGACAAGAUGCAUGGAGCGUGGGCUGUGUACGAUGAGGAACAGGCCAACCUAAUAGAUGGUCUGGAGAAACUGCUCAACAGACUGGCUCAGGAACCCAACACCAGCUCGACAGAUGUUCAGGUCCUAGAGCAUGAACUAGCACUAGCCAAGGCUCUGCAGGAAGAGGUUCGCAGUUACCAGCCCCAGGUGAAUGCCGUCCAGCGACAGUUUGAACAGGUGCAGCCGUACACCAGCCCUGAUGGUCUGCGAGAGCUGAAGGCCAAGCAGGACAUGAUCAAAGAGAUGUGGGCCAGGGUGAACGCCGGCGUGCAGGACAAACAGAAGGUCCUGGGCCAGGCUGUGCAGCACCGCAAGGACUUCUACACCAGACUGCAGGACUUUGAGAAGUGGCUCAAGAAGUCACAGAGGAAGCUAGACACUGGCAGUGAAAUUUACUCGGAUGAAGUGUCUGAUGUCCUUGCCAAGUUAAAGGACAUCCGUGACGACAUGUACGCCUACAAUCCCGAAUACGAACAGCUCCGUGAGCUUGGCCGUCAGAUCAUGCAGUCUGACCCGUCGAAGGCGCAGUCGAUCCAGACCCAGCUGGCGGAUGUGAACAAGGCGUGGGAGAGCGUGCAGGCACUGCUGGGAGAGAAGCACCAGAACUACAGCAAUGUGGCCAAUCUGUGGCAGCAGUACAACGACUCGAAGCAGGGCGUGGCGCGCGUGCUGGCCGAUGUAGAGCCACUCGUCAACCAGGACAUUGCCUUCUCCGAUCAGAAGGCGCUAAAGAAAAGCCUUGAUCAACACAAGAAUGCAGAGUUUGAGCUUCAUGCCAACCAAACUCAGCUUGAUCACAUGAACAACAAAGGGAUGCAACUUUUGGAAGAACUCAAAAAGGUUCCCAAUUUCAAGAUUGAUGGUCUUGAAAAUGACCUGGAUGAUAUAAACCUAAAAUGGGAGAAGACCAACUCUGCGAUUGAUGACCACAAAGAAAACAUGGAGGCUCAGCUGGUCUGCUGGGAUCAGGUUCAGUCGGGAACAGACGAAGUUGCAUCAUGGGUAAACAACAUGGUGUCCAAACUUGAUGACAGCCUGAAUAAUUUUAAUGAUGCUGUCAGUGUGGAAGCAAGAUUGAUCAAAUUUAAGGAAGAAGCACCAUACUUUGCUGAAGUGCUCAAGGAAGUUAACCAGAAGGUGAAAGACUUACAGGAAAUGAACAGUGGUCAGGUGAACCCGGAACUCCUGAAGACCCAGCAGAAGUUACAGGAGCAGUUUGACCGGGCGUCUGCCAUGGCCGGUCAGCUGGACACGGUGAUGUCGACAUUCUCCAGUGAGCAGCAGGAUCUUCAAGGCUCCAUCUCUGAGGAGUCUGAAUGGAUGAACCACAUCAAGGAACUGCUGGCCAAAUGUGAUGACCUCUCUGGGAAUGAUGAGGACCUUGUUGCAAGAUACAAGGCUGCUAAGGAACUUCAAGAAGAGCUAGCUAAACAUAAAGACAAAAUUGCAGCCAUUCAGUCUAAGACGCAGAAUCUCCAUGCCAAAUACCCGUCUGCUGAAACCUCGAAUCUGGCUAAAGAUGCGAAUGUGAUGAUGAAGAAGUUUGAGGCUCUGGCUGGCCGGGCUGACCGAAUCGAGGACUCGCUCGUGGGGACACUGGAGCAGCACUGCCAGGAGGCUCAGCAGCAGCAGGCAAGAUGGCUGAACCAGGCCAAGGAGAAGAUCGCAUGGUGCGGUGACAUGGCUGGAGAUCGGUACAGUGUGGAGGCCAAGCUGUCCACAAUCAAAGUAAGUACUUUUCCUUUCUGUCUUUCUAUCUUUAGUUCUGUGUUUUCUUUAAUUACUUUCUACUCUUUUUGUUUUCUUUUUUUUUCUUUCUUUUUUUCUUUUGUUUGUUUAUUUAUUUUUUAUUCUCACUUUCAUUUUCUUUUGUCUUUUUGUUUUCUUGGUCUGGAGGAAGGUGAACAGAAGAAGGCUCUCGCAGCUGCUAGACUUGAAGCCAUUAAGUCGGUGUUACCCAAAUCAAAACAAGCUGAACUGGAAGCUCAGAAAAAGGCCAUGGAGAAAGAAUGGGAUUCACUGGUUGGAAAUAUUGAACAAACUCAAUCUAAGUUGGAGAAUUCCAUAGAACAGUGGCAGGACUAUGAUGGCCAGUACGAAGGUUUGGCUCAGUGGCUGAAGGAAACAGAAGCCAAAAUGAGAAGUGAAUCAUCACUUAGACCAGACCUAGCUGGCAAAAUGGAACAGAGACAACUACUCAAGGAACUAGAAGAAGGUUGUCAAACACAGAGACAGGCAUUUGAAGCCCUGCUGGACAAUGCUCAGCAGAUAGCACUGACGACUGGAGACAACCGAACAGCGUCAUACGCCAGUCAGCUCCUUGGUAGAUUCCAGACAUUGGCUUCAGCACUGAAGGAACAAGAAGAGCGAUGUGAGCAGAACAUUGAUGACCAUGAAAACUUCACAGCCAAGUUUAAUACCAGUUCCGACUGGCUGAAAGCAGCACAGAAGAAGCUGGAGGAGUGCAGUGACAAUUUCAGUGAUGAGGAGUCUCUUGAUGCCAGACUCGCUGUCAUACAGGAUCUGCUUGCAAAUAAGGACCUGGGUCUUGCUCAGUUUAACGCUGCUCUUGAAAGUGGAGAAAAACUCUUUCCUAACACAUCAAACGAAGGUCGUGAGAACAUCCGACGAGACUUGCGGGCUCUCCGCAACAUGUGGGAGAACUUCCAGGACACACUGAACGAGACGCAACGUCAGCUGGAGUCAAGUCGCAUGCAGUGGUCAUCAUUUGAUGAAAACUUCGAUCAGCUCGCCAAGUGGUUGGAUGACAUGGAAACCCAAAUGAACACGGAACCGGAGAAGAAGAACACACUGCAGGAGAAGAAAGGAGUGCUUCAACAUUAUAAGACUCGAAGUCAGGACAUCACGUCCCACCAGAGGAUGAUUGACAACAUCAAUGACAAGGGUCAGGCUCUGUCAUCAAGUCAGAUCCGUGCCAAACUAAAACAGCUCAACAACAAGUACAGCACACUGCGGGCCACCGCACAGAGCCGCGUGGAGCAGGCCGAGGAGUAUGUGGACCAGCACCAGCUGUACCAGGACCAGUACCAGCAGUGUUGGGACUGGAUGUCCGCCACCAACGACAAACUGGCCAUCUGUGCGGAGGUCACCAGUGACAAGCAGGCCCUGCAGAACAGGAUGGACAGAGUACAGGAUAUCCAAGCUGCUAUGUCUGAAGGUGAACAGAAGCUGACCAGUGUCCGGCGUCAGGGUGAGAAGGUGAUUCCCCAGACAGCGGCUCACGGACAGCACACCAUUCAGCAGGAGUUGGACAUUCUGAAACAGGACUGGGAGAGGCUGGGCUCGAGCAUCACAGACAUUGAACAGAGUCUUGGUCAAGCCCAGCAGGCUCUGGUCUCAUACGACAGCUCUUGUGAAACACUCGGCCAUUGGCUGCGUGAAACUGAGGCUGAGGUGAAGGACCAAGAGCUGAAGUCGUCUCUUGAUGAUAAGAUUAACCAAGUGGAACAUCUCAAGGUAACAGUCUACCAUCGUGUCAUGAACUCGACUCUAAAUUAA